AGCGGAAGCGGAAGUGGCAGUCUCGCGGUGAAACAGGAACUGCCGCAGUUUAAGCUAAAAACACAAAUAAAACGCCAUAAAACCGUGAAAAUGGACAAAAUGAGCAGGUCCCAGGAGUUUGACUCAUAUGAAAUCGAGGAGCCGAGUGACGAGGAGCGAGCCCAGAGCAGCUCUGAGGAUGAGUUGGAGGUGUUGCUAAAUGGCACUCCACAGCAGAAAAAGAAGCUGAUCCGUGAGUACCUGACCGGAGAGAGCGAGUCAUCCAGCGCAGACGAGUUUGAGAAGGAGAUGGAGGCGGAACUCAGCUCCACAAUGAAGGACAUGGAGGGCUCCUGGGGCCCCAGGACCAGUGCACCAGGGCAGGCGGGGACAUCAGGAGGAGGAGGGGCAAACCCUCAAAUGUACGACAAGAUUUACUUUGACUCGGACUCAGAGGAAGAAGACACAGCCAGCAGUUCGACUGGAAAGAGGCGGAGACAGCGGAUGGUUCUGACCAAUGAUGAGCUUCUGUAUGACCCAGACGAAGACGAUCGGGACCAGGCCUGGGUUGACAACAAGAGGAGACAGUACCAGAGCAGACGUCGGCCCCCUGGUGGUGCAGGAGCAGCGGUGCGCUCACAGGGCCUCUGCAGCAGUGACGCUGUGUUAAACUGUCCAGCCUGUAUGAUCACACUCUGCCUUGACUGUCAGAGACAUGAAAAGUACCGAACUCAGUACAGAGCCAUGUUUGUGAUGAACUGCACCGUGAAAAAAGACGAGGUCCUGAGAUACAAAACCCAACCGGAUCCACGGAAGUUCAGGAACAGACGCAAACGUAAAGCUCCAGGAACCCAAACUGGACCGGAACUAGACCAGGGACUAAACCAGGGACAAAACCAAGGACUAAACCAGGACCAGGGAAUGAAUCGAGGACUGAAGCAGGACCAGAGACCGGACCAGAGACCAGAGGGGCUGGACUCGGAUGAGGUCUACCAUCCUGUGCAAUGCUCCGAAUGCUCCACGGAAGUUGCUGUUUUUGACAAAGACGAAGUUUAUCAUUUCUUCAACAUCCUUGCCAGUCACUGCUAACACUACGAGCUAACAUCACUGCUAACACUGACAGCUAAUGGUCUAACAGUCAUUGCCUGAUGUUGGUCCAUUUUCAUUAAACUCAUGUGCUCAGUUUAAAUAUAUAUAUGACAUUUUACAGAGUUUAUUCUUAGAAAAAGGAACAAAAUGAUUGUUUUUGCUCAUGAGUUUCAAAAUGUGAUGUUUUACGUCUGCAUUCAUACUUAACUACACUCUGCUCCAUUUAAAUGUAGUUUAAAUAUAUAAUGUGGUUGAGAAAGUAUUUAUCUUAAAGCGGUUUAUAUUCAAAAAGUAAAUUCAAACAAAUGUCAGUAAUGAGGUUUGUCCCAAGUACAGUUACUAUAACAACAUCAGCCGUACGCCAAAGUAUACGGGCAUGCUCAUUUUGGAUAUUGUGCCAAAUCGGGUAAUGAUGGACCAAACUAAUGAUGCUAGCAGUCUGGGCUAAGAGGAGCACCGCCAAAACAAAAGACUGUUAACAUUUGAUUUUACUGUUUCAAACGUUUGAGUUUUUGGAGUAAAGUGAUGCCUUAUUUUAAAUUUUUUUCAAUUGAAUUUCAAUUUUAUUGUUGCUUUUGUAUAGCCUCACAUCUCCUGGUUUUGUACAGGUGUGUUUCUGAUAUUUCAAGUUUGCUCAGAAAAUCAAAUAUAUUUCCUAUCUUUAUUAGGGAGUAUUAUACAAAAUUGUUCUACAGUUUUCUCAUUAAAUUCAUGCCUGAAGAGGUU